AUGGAAGCUGCUACUCCGAAUGGAUCGGCGCAGUCGUCUUCUUUCGCGCCGAGCCAGCCCACUUCCGCCCCAAAGAAGGGUAGGACACGCCAGACUGGCACGGCAUGGACUCGCUCUGGAUGUAUUACAUGCAAGAAAAGGCGCAAGGCCUGUGAUAAGGCUAAGCCAAGCUGCAACAAUUGCCUCAAGCAAGGCCGGACCUGCGAGGGCUAUGGCUCAAUGUGGGUAGAGCCAUUGGGUCCAUCGGCACAGGUGUUUUCCCAAAUGGAAACACCGAAGAGACGACGGCUUAGUGCGUCUUCUUUGUCUCAAACACCUUCGUCUGCGCCGUCACCGUCUUCGGAUGCGUGGCUCGAGACCCGUCUGUCUCCUGGGUCAGCUAAUUUCUUGAAUUGGUCUGUUCCUAGUUCUCCUCUCGAAAAUGGAGCAUAUGAGACGGCCGGAAGCCCGGUACGGGAGACAGAAGACCAUAAUUCCAGUGAGGGCUUCGAUUCGCAUGGCACUCUCGUGAUGAUCCCACAGCCCCAAGGCAGUAUUGGUCAUCUCUCAACCAAGGAGACUCACUACCUUCAAUACCACAUGGAACAAGGGUCCCGACUGCUAGCGAACUUGGAGAGCGACGACAAUCCCCUGCGCUCAAUGUUAAUUCCUAGGGCGAUGUCAUCGCCUCUGCUGAUGAAGGCCGUAUGUGCCGUCUCUGCUCUCCACUUAGCGAACCGCUUUCAAGGCUUUGGUGCGCAUACAGCUGCGGUCAAGUACUACGGUGGAACACUCAACGGUCUUCGCACAGCACUGGCGCGGUGUUCAACAGAGCCGUUGUCUGAUGAUGCCAUGCUUGCAGUUGGUCUACUAUGCAAAUACGAAAUCGUACGUGGCAGCGUCAAGCAGUGGGUUGUCCACCUCAACGCAUUGCAGCGUCUGAUUGUUUCGCGUGGGGGAUUCGCCUCAAUGGAUCGAGAGGCAGCAGAGUUCCUGCGUGGAUUAUUUGUGUAUGCCUACAAUAUAGCCCGGAUCACCAAUUACAAUCGCAUCACUUCCACAGAUAUUGUUGUCGACAGCGAUAUCGGUGUCCCGAAAUUGGACAUAUAUAUCGGAUACACCGAAGAGCUUCUCAAACUAUGUGCACGGAUCGCAGAGCUGCCUUCUCUUCAGGCUAAUACAUUAGCUCUUCGACUCAGUGUUGCAUCCAUAAACGAAUCCCUCCUCACCUGGUCUCACACUUCACCCCCAUUUAUCGUUCAACCAGGAACCUCACCUGCAACCCUAACCCGCCUUCAACUCGUGGCGGAAUGUUUCCGCGACGCAGGUUUCGUCUACCUACAUUCCAUCCUGGAACGCAUCAGCAGAAACCGUGCAGAUGCUAUUUUGAAUUACGACGUCACUCUGGACACUCAGACGGAGGAUACGUCUUUCUCAACAUUACGCGAUUUGACCCCUCUCAUCUCUACACCGAAAAAUCUCGCCGUCUACCGCUGUCUUUCUCGCAUUGAGACUUUCCCGCUAGGGGACCACUGCGAGUACUCUGCGCUCACGUUUCCAAUAUUUAUCUGCGGCUGUGAGACGGACAAUGUAGCGGAUCGAGAAGUUGUGCUUCGUUCUUUGGGAAAGUUGCAGGAUAACUUUGGCAUUGGGAAUGUUCGGCGUGCGAAGGAGUUGCUGGGGAUCUUGUGGGCGAGACGGGAUGCUAUAUCUGAUGCUGAAGUUGUUGGAAUAGGUCAGGAAAAGGUUCAUUGGUUGGAUAUUGUCGAGGAGCUGGGGUGGGAUAUUAUUCUUGCAUAG